CCGGACAGAAUGUUGUCGUUGGUUUUGUUUAAGUGUGAUGUGCCUGUGUGUUGUGUCUCUCCUCGCUUUCGCGCUGCCUCCGCUUGGCACGCGGGAGACAGCUGCCGCUGUUGCGCUCCCAUCCGUUUGGCUAUUUCCUGAAUGCUCGUGAAUGACACCAAGCUUAAGUCAACAUCCCGCGCGCCUCAGCCUAGUAGCCCACACACUUCAGCAGUGGGUCGAUCACUCACAGGGACCUCUCCACUCCGCGCGGGCAUGGAUCUUCCUCUUCUAGCCCAGCUGUCGCCAGACAACUGAAAGGGCUCACGGACAAGUUUGUUUUGUUUAUUUUUUUGGGAACAGUUGGUUUGAUUUGUUUUUUUUUCUUUCCCCACUCGAUUUCGCGUGCUUAAAGACAGGAUUCAUUUCGCAACGGGUAACUGAAUAGCAAGUCCAGUCAAAGUAGCAAGGAUGAGGAGCUGUCUGUUUACACUGGUCGUGCUCGGCUUGUUCUGCAGUUUUGUGCACAACGCCUUGUCUUUUACGGAAGAAUUUACAGACCGAUCUGGUAAAUCGGAUGGGUAUUGCAGUAGGAUCCAGCGGGCUCAGACACAGGGCACUCGGAGGGAUGGCCAUCAUGAGUUUCGAUUAAGGAUUGAGGGAGACCCCGAAAAUUAUCUGCCUGGAAGCACCUACAGAGUGAGUUUGCUUGCCUCCAGUCCAUCAUUUUUCCGAGGCUUCAUCCUCAUUGCUUUGAAAGAAGGCAGAGGAGGUGUGCGUGAUGAUGAUUACGCCGGCAGUUUCCAGAUCAUUGAUGAGGAGGACACCCAGUUUAUGAGCAACUGUCCGCCGGCCGUGACGGAGAGCACCCCCAGGAGACGCACCAGGAUCCAGGUCUUCUGGACAGCGCCCCCUACUGGCUCAGGCUGUGUGACCCUCAAAGCCAGCAUUGUGCAGAAGAAGAUCAUCUACUUCCAGGAUGAGGGCUCCCUUACCAAGCGGAUGUGUGAGCAAGAGCAUGUCCCUGGAGCGAGCUCGGGCCCGGGGGGAAGACCCCAGCAGGAGUGCUGUGCCUGCGGGACAGCCAAGUACCGGCUCACCUUCUUUGGCAACUGGUCCGAGCAGAUCCACCCCAAAGACUACCCCAGACGUGCUAAUCAUUGGUCAGCUCUGAUUGGGGCCUCCCACUCCAGGAGCUAUAUGCCAUGGGAGUACGGGGGCUUGGCCAGCGAGGGCGUGCGACAGGUGGCAGAGCUCGGCUCCCCAGUCAAGAUGGAGGAGGAGAUCCGGCAGAAGGGGGAUGACGUGAUGACAGUCAUUAAGACCAAGGCUCAGUGGCCGGCCUGGCAGCCCCUCAACAUCCGGGCGGCCCCCUCUGCCGAAUUCUCCGUGGACCGUGUGAGGCACCUGAUGUCCUUCCUCACCAUGCUGGGCCCCAGCCCCGACUGGAACGUGGGCCUGUCUGCGGAGGACCUGUGCACCAAGGAGUGCGGCUGGGUGCAGCGGCUGACGCAGGACCUCAUUCCCUGGGAUGCCGGCACUGACAGCGGGGUCACCUACGAGUCCCCCAAUAAGCCCCUGCUGCCCCAGGAGAGGAUCCGCCCCCUGACCAGCCUGGACCACCCCCAGAGCCCCUUCUACGACCCAGAGGGGGGCCCCAUCACCCCUGUGGCCCGGGUGAUAGUGGAGCGCAUCGCCCGCAAGGGAGAGCAGUGUAAUAUCGUCCCGGACACGGUGGACGAUAUCGUGGCGGAUAUUGCUCCCGAGGAGCCCAAGGAAGAUGACACCCCGGAGACGUGCAUCUACUCCAACUGGUCCCCCUGGUCGGCCUGCAGCUCGUCCAGCUGUGACAAGGGACGCCGCAUGAGGCAACGCAUGCUGAAGGCCCAGCUGGACCUGAGCGUCCCCUGCCCCCACACCCAGGACUUCCAGCCAUGCAUGGGGCCCGGAUGCAGCAACGAAGAGUCCUCCACCUGCAUGAUGUCUGAGUGGAUCAGCUGGUCCCCCUGCAGCGCCACCUGUGGGAUGGGCAUGAGAUCGCGUGAGCGCUACGUCAAGCAGUUCCCCGAGGACGGCUCUGUCUGCACACUGCCCACCGAGGAGAUUGAGAAGUGCACCGUCAACGAGGACUGUGCCCCAGGCAGCUGUGUGGUGACCGAGUGGAAUGAGUGGGAGCCCUGCAGCGCCACCUGUGGGAUGGGCAUGAAGCGGCGGCAGCGCAUGAUGAAGAUGCCCCCCUCUGACGGCUCCGUUUGCCGCGCCCCGCUGGAGGAGGUGGACAAGUGCAUGAUGCCCGAGUGCCACUCCAUCCCCUGCAUGUUGUCUCCGUGGUCUGAGUGGAGUGGAUGCAGCUCCACCUGUGGGAUGGGCAUGAGGACCAGGCAGCGCAUGUUCAAGUCCCCCGUGCAGCCGGGAGAGUGUCCCGACGAGCUGGAGGAGGUGGAGAAAUGCAUGCUGCCCGAGUGCCCGACGGACUGCAUGCUGUCUGAGUGGUCCGAGUGGUCCGAGUGCAACAAGUCGUGCGGUAAGGGCCACACCAUCCGCACGCGCAUGAUCAAGCUGGAGCCGCAGUUCGGCGGCGCCCCCUGCCCCGAGACCGUGCAGCGCAAGAAGUGCAAGAUCCGCAAGUGCUCCUCCUCCUCGUCCCCCAAGAAAUCGCCGAAGAAGGAGAGGGGGCGGGAGAGGGAGAGGGAGAGGUUGAGGCAGGAGGAGCAGCAACAGCAGCCCCAGCAGCAGCAGCAGCAGAGGGCCAGCGCCGGCUCCAGGGGCCAGGAGAGGCGGAGGGGGGGCAAGCCCGGCAGACACCCCCUCCUGGAGGAACCAGCUGGAGGUUGCAAGAUGCGGCCCUGGUCCAGCUGGUCGGAGUGCAGCAAGUCGUGCGGCGGGGGCAUCCAGGAGCGCUUCAUGACCUCCAAGAAGAGGGGCAAAGCAGCCCAGGGCAACGCCGCCUGCAAAGACCGCAAGGAGAUCCGCGCCUGCAACGUGCAGUCUUGCUACAGCUAAACUUACUGUACUCUCUAAAACAAAAACGCAGUGUUCAUUCAGCACUUAGAGAGUCAAUCUAACAUCUUCUGGAGUGUAUUUUGGUGCCAGAGUCCCAGCUCUCCAGGUGUGGAAUUAACACUGCCGUUUUUUUUACUGUGCACCAGGGCUGGCUUGCAGGGGGUUGGUAUUCUGGUAUUCGAUGGGUUGGUUUCUGACGGUGGGCUUUGUUGUUUUGUUGUUUCUGGAAAUACUGGGGGGCGGAUAGAUGGGGUUUUGUUUUUCACUGGGCUGUUGAGAAAGCGGCUUUUUGAUCUGUAAAAGUGGUAACCCUAGGUGGACUGCAGCGACUUGAGAGACGUCAGAAAGCUCACAUUGUAAGAGCGUUAAAAGCUGCUCUCUGCUGAGGUCUCUCGUAGAUAUAUAUUUUUUGUUUUUGUAUUUUUUGUUUGUUUGUUUGUUUGUUGUUAGAAGAUGACUGCGAUGUAUGUACGUAAGCUGACUAGACUGGCACCAGUUAAUAGUCUUGAGUAAAAAGUAGAUGCCUUUUCUUCAGUAAAGAUAAAGAUCUUACAUAUACUAUACAUAGUACCAUAUAUCCAACACCAUCACUGACAAGCCACGCUAAAGGAGUGUGGGGUAACCGCCUUGACAGGUAUUGUUUUUAUAUAUACAUGAAGAAGCAUUUUAGAUCAAAGGUUUUCGCCUGUGCUUGGUUCAGUCCCUGACAACUUCUAUAGCUUGUGUCACUGUUAAAAGUCAAAGCGUGGAUCUCUCUUUCUAUUCUUUAUUCCUCUGGAGGAUCUCACUGCUAAAGCCAAAAGCUGGGAGACAAGAGCAAAUGCCAGCGGCGCCUCCUCUCCUCUCCUCUCCUCUCCUCUUCUCUUCUCUUCUCUUCUCUUCUCUUCUCUUCUCUUCUCUUCUCU